UGGGAACUAAAGACAAAACAGUCAUGGAUAGAGACGAAGUAGGUAUGAUUUCGAAGAAACGGAAGGUAGAUGGAGAUACACCAAACCUUGAAGGUGAGGGUUCUUUAAAGGUCGUCGAAACUCAAUCUGCGGCGGCAAAAUUUGAGGAAAAUGUCGUCUACAGAUUGUACUCGAAGGGUUUGGUGAGUACGGAUAAUGUGGCGGCUGGAUUUGGGGUCGCCAUUUGUGAUCAGACGGAUGAGUUGUUGUUUAAGAUGAAGGAAUCAGUGAGUGACGUUGAAGGAGUUGAGGUUAGGGCUUUGAUUCGUGGGUUAAGUGAGUCACUCGAUUUAGGGAUCAAAAAGGUCAUGAUUUACUGUGAUGAUCGUGAGCUUUACCAAAACCUCGAGCUCGGAACCAAACUUGGAACGCCGUGUCGUACCUCCUGUCCCCCAUAUGUCUAAUGGUAGUGGUUUGAUUUUGGCACUUUCAUAAUAAUAUAUUCUUUCUCAAACUUUUUAAUCUAUAUCAUAUCUUGUUUUGUGAUGACGAUUUCGAUUGUGAUGUUAUCACGUCUUGGUUUAACAAAACUGAAUCUGAUUU